AUAUGAUCUAUUUGAACGUGCUAAAAUAAAAUCAAACUAAAACUAAAAAAUGAUUGCAGAUAGUUUGAUGAUCUUGUUCAUUUCUUUAUGCACAGCACUUCUCUCCGAGGGUCUCUCCUAUGUCCUUUUGUACAGAACUGAAGGCUACAAGCGAUUGAAAGAUGUAGUUGAAAAACAAAGCAGAAAAUUGGAACGUAAAAAAGAGACGGUUGGCGAAGGAAGUGUAAGCGGGACUCAAAAAAGAAAGAAACUAGAGAAGCAAGAAGAACAGCUUAAAAAUUACAACAAAGAUUUAUCAAUGGUUAAAAUGAAGUCUAUGGUUCUCAUUGGAUUAACUUUUACUGCAUUACUUGGAAUGUUCAACACAAUAUUUGAUGGGAGGGUUGUUGCGAAGCUACCAUUCACUCCGUUUGGUAUAUUGCAAGGAAUUUCUCAUCGUAAUUUGAUGGGGACCGACAUGACCGACUGCUCCUUCAUAUUCUUGUACAUACUCUGUACUAUGUCAAUAAGAGAGAACUUGCAGAAGCUGAUGGGAGUUGGUGUGUCUCGCUCAGUGAGCAAAUUAGGCAACAGCUUAGUUGGACCAAGCAAAUAAAAUAACAUUAUGUAGCUGAUAUAUUUUUCAAUAAUAAUUUAAUUUUCCAAA